AACAAGAUUUGGUGUUAGAUUAAAAUUGCAUUUUAUUAAAUAUACGUGUCAGCCAGCAAGUAUAAAGUUAAUUAUUUAAAACAUGGGUGCUGCAUUCUUUCCUGUAUUGUUUUUCACUGCCGUUUGGGGUGGUGUGGGUAUUGCAAUGCCCAUUAUGACACCAAAAGGUCCACAUCAAAAUUUAAUACGCUGCAUCCUGAUGCUGACUGCGGCUUGUUGCUGGCUUUUCUGGCUGUGCUGCUAUAUGGCCCAAAUGAAUCCAUUGAUUGGGCCAAAACUGAAGCGACAUGCCAUUGCAAUGAUUGCCAAGUCGUGGGACAACAAACUCGUCGAGGGAUAAAAACUCAAUUACC